AUGAGUUCAGCAAGCUUAGGUCACAGAUUUAAGGAUAUAACAGCUAUACCUAAUGCAAAAGAUCUAAUAGAUAUAGUGCUAUCAAAAACACAAAGGAAGACUCCAACCCAGGUUCAUCCUCAAUUCCAAAUAAGCCGUAUUCGUUCAUUUUACAUGAGAAAAGUGAAAUACUGCCAACAGACAAUCCACGAUCGUUUAAGUAUGAUAUUAUCUCAAUUUCCUAGACUAGAUGAGAUUCAUCCAUUUUAUUCAGAUCUAUGUAAUGUACUAUAUGACAGAGAUCAUUACAAGCUAGCACUAGGUCAUAUAUCAGGAUCUCGAAAUAUAGUUGAUUCAUUGGCAAAGGAUUAUGUUAGACUACUUAAAUAUGCAGAUAGUCCAUAUAAAUGUAAAAUGUUGAAGAGGGCAGCACUUGGACGUAUGUGUACAUGUUUGAAAAAAUUGCAGGCACCAUUAGAAUACCUUGAAGAAGUAAGGCAACAUAUUGGCCGUUUACCCAGUAUAAAUCCAACUACAAGGACAAUAAUAGUUUGUGGAUAUCCUAAUGUUGGGAAGAGUAGUUUUGUCAAUUGCGUCUCACAUGCUAAUGUAGAGGUUGAACCGUAUGCUUUUACAACGAAGUCAUUGUAUGUAGGUCAUUUCGACUAUAACUACACAAGAUGGCAAGUUAUUGAUACUCCAGGUAUAUUAGAUCGCCCACUAGAUGAGAGAAACACUAUUGAAAUGACUGCAAUUACAGCUUUAGCACAUAUUCAUUCUUGUAUACUAUAUUUUAUAGAUAUAUCUGAAGAAUGUGGGUAUAGUAUAGAGAGACAAGUUCAAUUAUAUCAUUCAAUUAAAACUUUGUUUAGAAACAAGCCAGUUUUAAUUAUUUUAAAUAAGACGGAUUCUAGAAGCUUAGAUUCAUUAACUGAAGAAGAGAAGAGGCUAAUUGAAACAAUAAGACCUUUAAUAAGAGUAUCCAAUGACGGCACUAAUGCAGAUAACCAAAUUGAUGUUAUAGACUUCAUGACAAUGUCAACAUUAAAGAAAAUUGGAGUUGAGGAGGCUAAAAAUCGAGCUUGUGACGAACUUUUAAAAAGAAGAAUAGAGAGAAAGGUACAGAGCAGGCGUAUAGAUACUAUUACACAGCGUCUGCAUAUAGCAGAAACUCCCAUUAGUAAAGAUAGACCACCAUUUAUUCCAGAUAGUGUUAUUCAAGAGAAGAUGGCAUUAUCUGAUUCUGGUAAAUCUAAAGUUAGUAAAUCAAAAUCUUGUGCACUUGAGAUAGAAUUAGAAGAAGAAUUUGGAGGUGCAGGUGUUUAUCAAAUUGAUUGGAAUAGGAAAUAUAUCCUAAAGGAUAACUCAUGGAAAUAUGAUAUAGUACCUGAAAUAAUUGACGGUAAGAAUAUCAUGGAUUUUGUAGAUCCUGAUAUUGAAGAAAAACUAAAAGAAUUAGAAAAAGAAGAAGAAGUUUUAUUAAUGAGUGAUCCAUCACUAGAGUUUGAUGAAAAAUUGUGGGAUGAGACUCAGACUAAACUUAAAAAUUUACACUUAAAAGUGAACUUAAAGAAAAGAGAAAAUAUGGAUGAGAAGGCUAGAAAUGCCCCUACUUUACCUAGAGGAAGAGCUCGUCAAGCUAGUGCUGGAAAUAUAGACAAACUAGCAACUCACUUAGAUAAUUUGGGUUAUCAAACAGAUAAAGUUUAUCAGAGAGGCAGAAGUCUAGCAAGAAAAGAAGAAACUAAGAGAGGAAGAUCUUUAACAAGAAUUGAGAACAGUUCUGGAAAGAGGAUGAGAGACGAUGCAAUGAUUAUAGAUGAUGAAACUUUAAAUACUGAGAGAAAACGCGCUAGAGGUCAUAGUACAGCACCUAAUCGUAUAGAGGCAUCUCUUAAACCUGGUAAACAACGUGAAAUUGCGGAGAAAUUGCGUAGAAAGACUCAAGUAAGUCUUAAUAAACAAGCUAGGAAAGGUGAAGCAGAUAGAUCCAUACCAACCAAAAUGCCAAAAUACCUAUUCUCUGGCAAGCGUGGAUUAGGUAAAACAAACAAAAGAUGA